CGCCCAUCGAGGUGUCGGCGGAUCCACUGGCUCGGCCUGGGGGAGCGCAGCGAGGGCGUGGCGAGGGCGGGUGAGCGCCGCCAUUUUGCAGGAAGAGGGGUAUCCGGGCCUGCCAGCGAGGGGAGAGCAGCGUCUGCCAUGGCCAAUGUGCUCUGUAACAGAGCAAGAUUGGUCACCUACCUGCCAGGCUUUUAUUCCUUAGUCAGAAGAGUUGGGAGUGCCAAAGCUUUUUCCACUGCAGGAUCCUCGGGCUCCGAUGAGCCUCACGUGGCUGCUGCACCUCCUGAUCUAUGUCCCCGCACGGUGUGGCCGGACGAGGCGAUGGGGCCCUUUGGCCCCCAGGACCAGCGCUUCCAGCUGCCUGGCAACAUCGGCUUCGACUGCCACCUCCAUGGCACUGCUUCCCAGAAGAAAUCCCAAACCUCCAGGAGCCUUCCCGACAUCCUGGCAGAGCCCUCCGCCAGCGAGAGGCACGAGUUUGUCAUGGCACAGUACAUCAAUGAAUUCCAGGGCUCUGAUGCUCCCCAGAAGCAGCAGAUCAAUAAUGCAGAAACCUACUUUGAGAAUGCCAAGGUGGAAUGUGCAGUGCAAGCCUGUCCUGAGCUGCUGAGAAAAGACUUCGAGUCGCUGUUCCCAGAGGUGAAUUCCAAGCGUCUCACUGUGCUCACUGUCACCCAGAAAAGCAAACACGACAUGACCGUGUGGAGCCAGGAGGUGGAGGAGGAGAGGGAGAUGCUCCUGGAAAAUUUCAUCAAUGGUGCCAAGGAAAUCUGCUAUGCAAUUUCUUCUGAGGGCUACUGGGCCGAUUUCAUCGAUCCAUCCUCAGGACUGGCAUUUUUCGGGCCUUACACCACCACGCCCCUGCUGGAGACGGACGAGCGCUACCGGCACUUGGGGUUCUCAGUGGACGACCUGGGCUGCUGCAAGGUGAUCAGGCACAACCUGUGGGGCACCCACGUGGUGGUGGGGAGCAUCUUCACCACCGCCGAGCCCGACAGCCCCAUCAUGAGGAAACUCAGUGGGAACUGAGCCCUGCUGCCCCCUCAGGGUGACCGUGGUGUCCUGGGCUUGGAUGAGUCUCCUCUCCCUCGGCAGCGGCAGGAGUUCCUCCCUUCCGAGUGUUCUUAGAGAAUAAAAAGUAGCUGGUA